UUUUAAAAGAAUGGACGAUCCCUCGGUAGGCGUCCUCAUCAUUUCCGUGUUGAUUUGCAUACAAAGAUGGCGACGUGCUACGUUUUCGUGUGUGGGACAAAUACGAUAGUACUUUUCUCUGUGCUAGAGCGGAGAUACUGACAUGGUGAUACGGAAAACCCCCUAGGCGCUAGUGAUACAAGAAGAUUCACCAUGAAUCUAUGCUGGAAGAAAGAACGGCCACCGGAAAUAGAAAGAAGCAUAAAAGCCAAUGAUACAGAAUUCAACGCUCAAUUUGAAUAUGCAAACAACUACAUUUCCACGUCCAAGUACAAUGUGCUUACGUUCCUGCCCAAGAACCUGUUUGAGCAGUUCCAGCGGCUGGCCAACGCCUACUUCCUGGGUCUGCUUAUCAUGCAGGUGAUGCCCGUGGUCUCAUCCCUCACUCCCCUCACUACGGUCAUACCGCUCGUCGUUGUGCUUAUAGUCACUGCCAUCAAGGACGCUGUCGAUGACUUUAAACGUCAUCGGAGUGAUGCACAGGUAAACAACAGGAAGUCCGAUGUCUUGCGAGAUGGCACAAUCGUAUCAGCACGAUGGCACACAGUUGUCGUGGGCGACAUCAUACGACUCAAAAACAAUGACUUUGUUGCUGCUGACUUAUUGUUGCUGUCAUCGAGUGAACCCAACAGUUUAUGCUACAUUGAAACUGCAGAGUUGGAUGGAGAGACCAAUCUGAAAGUGAAGCAGGCAUUGCCAGAGACUGCAGUCAUUGGAGACGAUCAUGCCAAGAUGGCCGAGUUUAAUGCUGACAUAAUCAGUGAGGCCCCAAACAUACGGCUGAGCAAGUUCGAGGGCAAGCUGACAUGGAAAGGAGAGAGCUACUCCCUGGACAAUGACAAGGUGGUGUUGAGGGGAUGUGUCUUGCGAAACACCCAGUGGUGCUAUGGACUUGUCAUCUUUGCUGGCCAUGACUCCAAGCUGAUGAUGAACAGUGGCAAGACAGUGUUCAAGAGAACCCACAUCGAUCGCCUCAUGAAUAUCCUCAUCGUUGGUAUAUUCCUGUUCCUGUUGACCAUGUGCCUGGUUACUACUGUUGCUUGUGGGGUCUGGGAGAGUGUGGUCGGCUUUGACUUCCAGUUUUAUCUCCCUUGGGAGAGCUUUGUGAAUACCUCAAAAGAACGGGGUUCUGCAACUAUUGCUGUGCUGGUGUUUCUGUCUUACCUCAUCAUCCUCAACACUGUCGUACCAAUCUCCCUGUAUGUCAGUGUGGAGAUAAUCCGUCUAGUCAAUAGUUUGUGGAUCAACUGGGAUGUCAAGAUGUACUUCGACAAGAAGGACACACCUGCAAAAGCCCGGACCACUACCCUUAACGAGGAACUCGGACAGAUUGAAUACAUUUUCUCUGACAAGACAGGAACUCUCACACAGAACAUCAUGACAUUUAACAAGGCAUCUAUAGGUGCGAAAAGUUACGGCGACCCGCUGGAUGAUGAAGGGAACCCGCAAGACAUCACAGAGAGAACUCCCAAAGUAGAUUUCAGUGAAAAUGAGUAUGCAGAGAAGUCAUUUGAAUUUUAUGACCAGCGUCUGCUGGAGCACACCAAGGGCGGCAACCACCAGGUGGAGGAGUUCUUCAGGCUGCUCAGUCUCUGUCAUACUGUCAUGCCAGAAACCAAGGAAAAUGGCAACCUGGAGUAUCAGGCUCAGUCCCCUGACGAAGGUGCUCUGGUGUCAGCCGCGCGGAACUUUGGUUAUGUGUUCAAGUCUCGGACACCAAACACCAUCACAAUAGAAGUCCAGGGAAAGCAGGAAGUGUAUGAUUUGCUGUGCAUUCUGGACUUCAACAAUGUCCGCAAGAGGAUGUCGGUGAUCGUGAAGAAGGAUGGUGUCAUCACGCUGUACUGUAAGGGAGCUGACUCUGUCAUAUUCGAGCGCUUGGACAGAUCGUGUGCAGAACUGAAGGAAAUUACAUCGCACCACCUCAAUGAGUUUGCUCAGAUAGGCUUAAGGUCAUUGCUGAAAACUGUCAUUGAUGAAAACUCUUUGUGUCUGCAUGUUGAGUGGAGGAAAAGAUAUCAUGAAGCCAGUACAACCUUAGAAAACAGAGAUGAUAAGAUGGAUGCAGUAUUUGAGGAGAUUGAACAGAACCUAAUUCUCAUCGGUGCCUCGGCCAUUGAAGACAAACUGCAGGAUGGUGUGCCAGAGACCAUAGCCAACCUGGCCCUGGCUGGCAUCAAGAUCUGGGUCCUCACUGGGGACAAACAGGAGACAGCCAUCAAUAUUGGUUACUCUUGCCGCCUGUUGACGGAGGAGAUGGAGGAGCCAUUCAUAAUUGAUGCCGACUCCUACGAGGAGGUAGAGGCCCAGCUGCGGAAGGCAUUGGAGGACAUCGAUAAGAUGAAGUCGGGCAAACCACAUGAUGGUGUCAUCUUUGCCAACGGCCAGGGAGCCGUCUAUAAUGGAGCCAAUGGAAAUGUUGCCAUCUCUGAUGAAUAUGGGGAAUUUGCAGUAGUAAUAAAUGGUCACAGUCUGGCGUACGCCCUGAAGCCGGAGCUGGAGAGGCUGCUGCUGGACCUGGGGUCGAGCUGCAAGGCUGUCAUCUGCUGCAGGGUCACGCCACUUCAGAAAGCCCUGGUGGUCGACCUGGUCAAGAAACACAAGAAAUCAGUGACACUGGCAAUAGGAGACGGGGCCAAUGAUGUCAGCAUGAUCAAGAUGGCUCAUAUCGGUGUGGGCAUCAGUGGCCAGGAGGGGAUGCAGGCUGUCCUGGCCAGUGAUUUCUCCAUGGCUCAGUUCCGCUACUUGGAAAGGUUGCUUCUUGUCCAUGGCCGUUGGUCCUACCUCAGAAUGUGCAAAUUUCUGCGAUAUUUCUUUUACAAAAACUUUGCAUUCACAUUGUGCCAUUUCUGGUAUGCCUUCUUUUGUGGCUUCUCAGCACAGACGCUGUAUGACCCGUACUUUAUAUCUCUAUACAACUUGUUCUACACAUCCCUCCCCAUCCUGGUCCUCGGCAUCUUCGACCAGGAUGUAAAUGAGGACUACUCCAUCCGUUACCCAAAGCUGUACGCACCGGGGCUGAAAGACGCACUCUUCAACAAGAAAACAUUUAUGUACAGCACCCUUGAAGGCAUCAUUACCUCCCUUGUGUUGUUCUUUAUACCAUACGGUGCCUUCAACUUUGCCAUCGGUCCAGACGGCAAGACAGAGGUGGACCAGCAGUCCUUCGGCUGUGUUGUGUCCUCAAUACUGGUGGUGGCAGUCAAUGUCAGGUGUGCCCUUGACACUUCCUACUGGACCGGGUUCAACCACUUCGUGGUGUGGGGCAGCAUCAUCUACUACUUCUGCUUCAUCCUCGCCUUCUACUCAGAAGGCAUCAACUACUUAUACGUGGGUGUGGCCUUUGAGGUGUUUUCCUCCGCCCAGUUCUGGUUCAGCCUCCUUCUUACUUGUACAGUGCUGAUAGUGCCUGUGGUGGCAUACCGUUUCUACCAGACGAACAUUACUCCCUCCCUUGCUGAUAAGGUGCGGCUACGACAGCGAAUGAAGAAGGUUAAGUCACGAUCACGUGACCUUCAUGUGAGAAGACAGUCCACUAUGCGCCGAAGCACAAGAUCACUACGAUCAGGCUAUGCGUUUGCUCACCAAGAAGGUUUUGGCAAUCUUAUUACCAGCGGUAUAAACAUGCGAGACCGUGCUGUAGAACGUAAAAAGGAACCAGUCACGCUAACGAAGAUAACUCGCCAUGACAGUCACAAGGCAGUUGGAGCAUCAGGAAAUGGUGUAUCAGAUAACAUUAUCUAUGUGGAAAGGUUGUGAUGUCCUUCAUGACAAGAACACUAUUUUUAGAUGAAAUUUGCCUUGAUGUAUAUAUUUGAUGUGCACUGGUUAACUGACAAAUAUUGGUUCUUGGAAUUGGUACGUCAUGUAAGACAUGUUGGAAUCAGAUUUAUGCAGAAGUUGUUGUCUCCCUUUGGCAGCCCACUCUGAAAGAUGACUUUACCUAGGUAUAUACAAAAGAUAAAAUAACAAUCUCGAUGACAUUAAUCAAUAGAUAUUUUUUAACUACAUUUUACAAUAGAUGUUAUCUAUGUAUUUUUACAAUUCGUGACCACAUUGACAGUUCAGCAGUGAAUUGGAGGGAGAUACCUCAUGAGAAAUUCAGGGACCAAAACCAUACUUCCGUACAUGGAGAUGAUAAAUGGAGCCUCCGCCACAUGUUGGACACAAUACUGACUUGGGCUGGCUAUCAGUGCAGAUCAUAAAGAUCGAUUAUUGUUAUUUAUAACUAAAUAUCAAUCGAUUAUCGAUAAAUAUUGGAGAAGUAACUUUGAGCAAAGGAGUCUGAAAGAAAUGACUAUAUUUCAUGUCACUAAUGAUUGGUGCCUUUAUAUGCAUUUAUUACUAACACCUCAGCAUUCAGAACAUAAUUUAGAAGCAGCUAUGAAUAAAGACCUAACAUUGUAUAUUUUGUGAAUAAAUUGCAAAAAAAUA